UUUCCUUUUUCAUUUAAUUCUCAAUUCUCAAUUCAAUUUUUCUAGGCACAUUCAUCUGGUUGUUCUUCGAUUAUGGCGGCGGUUUCACAACCGACUCAGGCGGCGUCAGUUGGAGUGACGCCACCACCAACUCCCCAUGUGGCAAUGGGAAGCGGUGUUGGUCACUAUUCGCUAUAUGUCGGAGAUCUGGAUACUUCUGUAGAUGAAGUACAACUAUAUAACCUGUUUAAUCAGGUUGCAGAAGUGGUGUCCGUUAGGGUUUGCAGGGAUCAAUCACGACGGGAAUCCCUUGGAUACGCUUAUGUGAAUUUCACUUCUCCACAACAUGCUGCUACGGCAAGGGAGUUGUUGAAUUUUACUCAUGUGAAUGGAAAACCUAUGAGGAUAAUGUUUUCUCAUAGAGAUCCUAGUCUGAGGAAGAGUGGUUAUGCAAAUGUUUUCAUUAAGAACCUGGACUCGUCGAUAGAUAACAAGGCUUUGCAGGACACUUUUGGUGCCUUUGGAACAGUUCUUUCCUGCAAGGUAGCUGUUGACAGUAAUGGUCAAUCAAAAGGUUAUGGAUUUGUUCAAUUUGAUCAGGAUGAAGCUGCACAGAAAGCAAUCAAUCGACUAAAUGGUAUGUUAAUAAAUGAUAAACAAGUUUAUGUUGGCUACUUCAUCCGUGGACAAGAAAGGAGUCGAGGAAAUGCUGCCAAUAAAUUCACAAAUGUUUAUGUGAAAAAUCUUCCUGAAACUACCAGUGAUGAGGAUCUCAAGAAGCUUUUUGAGAAGUGUGGCACCAUCACAAGUGCUGUAGUCAUGAUGGACACAAAUGGGAAAUCCAGGUGUUUUGGCUUUGUAAAUUUUGAGACCUCGGAUGCUGCAGCCUCUGCAGUUGAACAAUUGAAUGGCAGUUCUUUGAAUGAAAAAGUUCUGUAUGUUGGCAAGGCACAGAAGAAAUCAGAGCGGGAAGCAGAUCUUAGAGCCAAAUUUGAACAAGAACGAGCUAGUCGAUUUGAGAAACUAAAAGGUGCUAACUUGUAUUUGAAAAAUCUCGAUGACAGUGUGAAUGAUGAAAAUCUGAAAGAAUUAUUCGCAGAGUACGGAACCAUAACAUCCUGCAAGUUGAUGCGCGAUGCAAAAGGGGUGAGCAAGGGUUCUGGAUUUGUUGCCUUCUCCACCCCGGAGGAAGCUACACGAGCUUUGAAUGAGAUGAAUGGCAAGUUGAUAGGAAAGAAACCUUUAUUUGUUGCUGUUGCCCAGAGCAAGGACGAAAGAAGAGUGUGGCUACAGGCACAUUUUGCUAGGAUGCGACCAGCUGGGGCAAUGACUCCUCCUCCUGGAGGCAUGCGUGGGUUUCACAAUGGGGCACCUCGACUUACUCCUCAGCAGGUCUACUUUGGUCAAGGUGCCCCAGGACUUAUAUCACCUCAAGCUGCUGGAUUUGGCUUCCAGCAACAACUCAUGCCUGGACUUCAUCCAGGUGUUCGUCCAAAUUUCCUCUUGCCCUAUCAGCUUCAGCGUCAAGGACAACACGGGCGUGGAAGGAGAGGAGGGCAUUCUCAACAGCAGCAGUGGAACUCUGGUAGAUUCAAUCCGAAUGGACGAAAUCAUAUGCAUCCUAGCAUCCCUCAAGGUAUGAUGGGAUCAAUUACGCCAGCACCAUUUGAUGCUGCUUCGUCUACAACAACUCCUCCCUUGGACAUCCAACGCUCUAACCCAGUGCCACCGUCAACACUUGCUUCUUCUUUGGCCUUUGCUUCUCCAGAAGAUCAGCAUGUGAUGCUUGGAGAGCAGUUAUUUCCACUUGUGGAACGCAUUGAAAGUGAUCAUGCUGGUAAAGUUACUGGUAUGUUGCUUGAGAUGGAUCAGACUGAGGUGCUUCAUCUUAUUGAGUCCCCUGAUGCUCUCAAGAAGAAAGUCUGUGAGGCUAUGGAUGUUCUUCGCUUGGUGCCAAGUAGUGUUGGUGAUAAAUUAGGAUCACUCACCCUGAAUGGAUGAAACAAAUAUUGGCACAUGGAAAUGUCCCUAAAUUGGCCCGUAUUUUGGAAGGGGUGAUGAUGGUGACUUAUGGAGUCGGGUUUGGUUAUGGUUUUAAAUUACAUUCUUUGUAGGCUUAAAAUUUUAGCAAAGAGGGCUUCUUUGAAUGAUAACCUAGGAGUUUAUUUUGCUCUCUUGAUGCCGUUUUAAUUUUAAUAUUUUUGGGAUUUCACUUUUAAUUUUUUGUUUCCUGCGGAAAUCCUAUACUUUCUAGGCUUAUUGCAAUUCAUGGAUUGUUUUGUUUGACUACAAUUCUGUU